AUGGGGCAGGUUUCGUCUCUCUCUACUACGUAUGACUUUAACACUGAAGAACUUCAGUAUAAAGAUUACUUUAGGGCCAAGUUGAGUAAUAUCGAUGUCCUGCGCCUGAGGUCUGAAGGAUGCAAAACAGUCGAACUCAUUAGCAUCAGAGGAUAUAACUGCACUGGCUGCACGGCUUUCUUCUACCCAAAGGACGGUAAUCAUGUGCAUACUGAUUCGUAUUGGGCUCCAGUGGUAAAGUGUCGGUUUACCAGCGCAUCUGCAGAUGCAGUACAGUCCCCGGGAGGCGAAGAUGACUUCGGAUGUUAUCAAACAGUCAAUCCGGUUCACAAAUGUGUAUCGAGUGAUGAUUCGACCACUCAGUGGUGGUUUGGAGUGCGUUACUAGGCUCUUUGCUUAACCCUAUUCAGACCGAGAUUUUUUUAUGCUAAGUGUGAUCCGGGGGGGAGUCUCUAUAACUUCAAAACCACUCGCGAUACGGGCUCUAAAAUUCCUCAGAAUAAUGCACUCAUUAUUUCCAAAAUCUAAGCAAAACGUGACUGACGUAAUGAAGUGCACUGUAAUUGGACGUCAUUUAAUGACCUCUUGGGUUCCGCCAUUUUGUAUUAAUUAAAUGUCGUCCAUUUUACUUAAAUCUGUAUAAAUCUAGGUAAUCGAGGAGUAAUCUUACUUAAUAGCAAAUUUGAUCUGUGUAUAAUAGAAUGCUUAGGAAACAAAAAAAGCGGCAAGUUUUGAAAUUUUGAGAGAAUUAGAAACCAACCAAGGCAGCGAAGUUUUUGGCGAAAUUUCAGGUACAUUCUGUACUCUAUGGUCGAGAAAAGUAUUAACUAAGUUUUAAAAAGUGAAUUUUUGUAUUUAUUAAGGUUUCAUAGACGUUUUGUACAUUUUGACAUCUGCGUUCAACAGAAACUACAAAAUGUGCUCCGAUUUGAAAUUGAUUUUAUGUUGAAUUUGGCCAUGUACUCAGCCGAUUUUACUUGUGUGAACGGAUCAACGAUCCAGAUAGUGAUAGACGAAUUGCAAUUGAUCAUUAAUUUAUGGGUUUUUGAAUAAAAAUUUUCAAGAAAUAAUUUAUCUAUUGUUCAUUCAUACGAACACGAUUGUGAGACUACAGCUCGUGAGAUUUUUAGAAACAGUCCAGACGGGCUACUCGCCUUUGAACUCACCUUGAAUAACUGAAGUGUUGUUGUUCAGUACGUGUUUCAUUGCCAUUCAAGAAUUUUCCAGUGUGCUACUUUCUUUCCCAUAACUCGUACCCUGAAUGCCGCUUGAAUGAAGUUUGACGCGUUUAUUUACACUUUCUAUCCUCGUUGAAAAAAAGUAUCUAUUAAAAAUAUGAAAGAGUUCUCCUUAAUUCUAACGACACCCGUCGCCUUUUCGAGCCUGAGUCUGGCUUUGAACAAAACGUUUUAAAUUUUUAUAACGUUUAUAAUUUAAAGUGUAUUAAGUCUAUCGCACGUUUCUCAGUGAAUCCACCCUGGAGUGAAUACACUCCACAAAACCUUAACGCGUACUGGGCAGUUUGUGUAGGUUAAAAAAUUAUAGUUAUCAGUAGUGAAAAAGGUUAUUUAUUUUCCUGUCUGCCCUCGAAGAAAAUUAAUAAACACCUUACAGAGAAAUGUUCUACCAGAUAAUGUGAGGUAUAAAUGUAAAGACUACACAUAACUGUUCGUCCUUGCCCGAUAAGAAACACAGAAUAAGCUUACGGGAACAUAAAAGUCGUCCUGAUUCAUCCCCUAAGGACAGAAAUACUGACCCUAAAAACCAAGACGCUGUGGGAGCGUAUAUUUGGGCGUUGAUGUACUAAGUGUGUGUGAAUUUGUUUUUUAUGAUUUGUGAGUAGUGCAGUAGCUUUGUAUAUUCCAGGAGUUGGUUGAGAUGCGUGAAGUGGAAGGCGUGGAGUCAUAUUAGACGUCAAUUGGUAAUAUAAUGACUGUACUUCGUUAAUCAGUGAAAAUUAUUUCUCGUACAAUUUUAUAUGAAGCAACAACAAAUAAUUAUUGUGGUAAAGUGAUUUUAGGUGUUUUAGUGAGGUAGCUGUGGAAGGGCUAAUUUGAUUAUGAAGGGGUAAUGUAGUUGCAGUUUGUUGAAAUGAACUGGUGGUUGUGAAAAGUUUUACUAAUAAUCGAAAACAUACUUGUACUUAUUUUAGACGUUGUUAGGCUUUCUGUUUAGGAUUUUUUUCGCUUAAUUUUGAUAAUAUUUGUGUGGAGAGAACAUGGAUAAGGCCAAAAGUUAAUAUCUAGAAGGAUGCAUGAAGAUGUUGAGACGGGCGAGCUGAAAUUUUGUGUGUGUGCUCAGGGGCUAUAAAAAAUCGGUGAGGUCAAGGGGAGGACGUAAAAUCUUGCUAUAGAACUAAGGGUCUGAUUACAUGAGCCGGGCUGGCUCGCUUUGCAGAGAUCCAGGCACCUUGGUUAAACGCAACAAAAAUCAACUUUGCGAUUAUGUGACAACCCAGCCAGCCCGGUUACCUGGAAUCCCUGUAUUGUGAUACCGGGUUCCCGGGUGGCAAUUUUCCAAGUAAUCACGCAUGCCGGGCGGCCAGGCGAAUGAACCAAGCGAGAAACAGGACAGCAGGUAACACACUGUUCAUGCGCAUUGCUUUUCCGGCUCAUGUGAUCAGGUCCUUACUGUUAGUUGUAUUGUCAAGCAGUUUGCACGUGAAAGCUUUGGAAUUUGCCGCUUUCGUGGUUAGUGAAUGAGAGAAUGCGACUUAGGCCCUGUCCACACGUAUCCGUAUUCGCUUGAAAACGCAACUUUUUUUAUCCGUUUUCAAAACAAAUUCGCGUCCACUCGAAGGUUUUUCGCAUCGUUUUCGUCCGUCCACACGUAUACGAUGAAUCGAUUUGAAAACGAUAAGUUAAACCCAACUGCUCAUGCUUGACGCAUACGUGUUCGCUAUUGUAAGUCCACGAAAUAAUAUAUUGGCGCCAUCUUUGAAAUUCUUUGGCGUCGGUUUAUAUUGUUGUGACGUUCUUCAAAGUCACAGAAACAGUUUUAAAUGUCAAAACCAGGGCAAAAACAAAGACAAACUAAAGGCAGGAGCCCAUCAAAUGGAGCCUCCAUCUCCCAUGCAAGCCCUUGGAGUCACUGAACCCUUUCCCGAAUAGAUUCCCAGAGAAGACUUCGUUCGCCGACAGUGGGAAGAGCCAAUCACAACGACGAAAUGACAGUGUUAUUGUACUUCAUCAUACAGCAGGAAAUAUGGUGUUAACAGGCCAAACACAAUCAUAAACUAGUGAAACGUGACUUUAGCGUUUUCAUCCCUCAGAGAUUUUCUGUCUUUUCUUUCUAGCGGGUAGAUUACAUUGUGGAGAAUUUUAAACUUUGACUAUGUUAAUCUUUAUUUUGGUUGCUUGUCUCACACUAAGAGGCCAUGAAGUUAGUUUGUUCCAUGCAUAGUGAUUAACUAAUUCCUACAGUCUGUAGUUCUGACAGGAUUCGAUUCUAGUACCGGUUUUCUUUAGCUAAUGUUUUUAAGCGUUAAGGUUCUUAUUUCGGUUAAAUGACUCAAUAUUAAUCAAAUUUCUACUUUUUAAAGGUUUUUUUUUUUCAGAAAUGCGUUUAUCUGAAUAAAUACUUGUAGUCCUUGUAGCUGUUUUUUCCGUCAGUGUGAUGAUUCCUUGCUAUGUUUUGUAACGCCGGGCCCAGCUAUUUAACAUUGUUUUCUCACGAAAAGUGAUCUACAGAUGCCAAUUCGAAGGAAAGAAUUGAGCUUAAACUUAAGCUACAUUAACUGCUGCGAAUCGCCCGCUGUUAGUCAGUCAUAAUUCUUUAUGCGCAGAUACAAUCCAUUUUGUUUUUCUUGAGAUAAGUGGGUCUUUGGACUGGAGCGCGAUGUCACAAAUUUCUCCGUUAAAAAGUUGAGCAACUGUUCUGUUCUGUUCCACUUUUCAAGUGCCAGUUUUAUCAGGCAACACUCAUGGCAAUACAAGUCAGUUCAUUUGUCAGUUGUAAAGGAAGACUGCAAUUUCUCAAAUUUCGCAACUAAAGCAUUCCUCGUUAGUUGCUACUUAGAUCAUCGCUUUUUAGCACGCGGUGCUUAACUGGCUAAAACCAAUCCACGAUGAUGACAAAAAUCAAAUGAUCCCCGCCCUUUUUUGGCGCUGAUCAUCGAAGAGUUCCAAAUCGUCCACAGAACGUGUAAUCGUCUACUCUUUUCGAAGUGCAUGCUUAGAUGUGGAAUGUAUGACGGCAAAAAAAAAAAAACUCGCAAAGAUAACCUUUCAGCGAUCCUCAGUUUGCUGCCUUUGUUCCAUCGCCUCAUGCUCAGUCUCAGUCGGGUAAUUCAUUAACUUUUAUUUCAUGAUACCUAGAUCCCAGCGGCUGUAAAAUCGUAAAAAUGGACGUAUAGUAUACAAGGAAAACGGUGGAAAACGGGCUUCUAAGUUCGACUUCAUCAACUUUAUUUUUUCACGGUGACAUACGAGACUCACGAAAAUAUGACACUUUUCGCGGGAAACAAGCCGUUCUAUUUAUAAAUCUACUCGGGAAAGGGUUGACCCAAGAAAUUAAUGGAGAUGGAGGCUCCUGCUAAAGGGAGAUCCAACCUUCCGCCUCUUGAAACCGGUAGCGAAAGUAACCUAAUAAUGUUCUGCCGCCCCCUAGAAUAAUCAGCUUGAACAAUUAACAAAGCUAAAUUUGCUUAAGAACUAGCAAUUAGGUUAGAAAUAAGUUUCUAAUAUUGCGCGGGGUGGAUUGGAACUGAUAGUGUGUCCUCAACGUUUCCGAAGAGUUCCGUUUUGGUCUGUCCAACGUAAACACCAAAACAGCGUUUUCAAAACGUUCCACUCUGGAGAGCGUUUUCGAAAAGUUCCGUUUUCAUUGAUCGUUUUUAUCGGAAUGUGUGGACGAAAGUCGUAUCCGUAAAGAAAAAGUUGCGUUUUCAAAUGAAAGCGGAUACGUGUGGACGGGGCCUUUAUCUAAUUAACCGAAAGGUUUUAAAAAUAGAACGCGGUUUGCACGUGAAGAUGUUGGACUCUGCCCCUUUUUCUGUUUGACCGUGAGAGAAUGCAACUACGAGGCAAUUACGAGGUCAUUCAGCUCAAUAAGAUUUUAAGAAAUCACCUUUCCGAAAAUGUGCAAUGAAAUUAUGCUUCUUUCAAUGUUACCCUUAAUUAACUCAUGCACGAGAUCAUGGAAUUUUGCGUGACACCUUCUUUGGUGCUCGACAACUGAGAACAAAGUAUUGUCAAACUCUUGGCAAUAAGCCAAACCAGUCACACCGAGUGCUGUGAGGACGAUUAUUUUCCAAAGGGAAAAUUUAAAAUAUUAAAUAGUUUGUUUCACUUAGUGUACCUUGUUUUCCCAAAAAAGUUUGUUUUCUAUUGCCGAUUUGUUUGCCGUGUGUUAUCUGUGGGUCGUAUGUAACAAAGAUAAAUGCUGUGUCGUGACACAGCGCGCGGCAGACAUUCGCGUCGCUUGGCUUGUUUACGCUCGCACGUAUUGCGGGCCUAUUGCAACAAGCACUUUGAAUCAAAACAAGCCAACUCGAUUACUCUGUUUGGGCGACGACCAAAUAAUCAAUUGCUGCUACUGAAGAGACCUAUAACUUCGCAAAGGGGUGUGGUGGGAUGAUUGAACUUGAUGCAUAGUGAUUUUUUUAGUUGUACAUAUGCGGCUUUCAGCUUGCUGGGAGAGGUUUUUUCUUUCAGGUGUGUUUGCGGGAUAUUUUUUCUUAAUCAUUUAACCCUCCUUCCAAAGGUAAACUGAUGCAGAAGGCUGAUAGAGUUAAGUAGGGAUUUAAAGAUUUUUUUUGUGGCUUAGAGCUCGUUAGUUCAAAUUUGAUUACGGAGGCUUCGUUUUUGGCCCUGGCUAAAUCCAUGUACUAUACUUAAACAAAUUGAUUUCUUUUGUGUAAAACCAAUGUAACACAGAGUACACUGGUUAAUUGUAGCACUGAAAAUUUUUAAGGAAAAACAACUACAGACCAAUUCGGGUUUAAUGGCUAUUUUCGUGAGAGAAUCCCGCUUAGAAAUGACACAAAUAGCCCAGCAUUGCGUUUUACCCUGAUUCACAUGUUUCAAGUUUUUCGAAAUCACGCAAGUCUCCUUGCGUUCAACGGUUUGAAGAAUGUAUAAGGGUCAUUUGCAAACGAAUGAGUGAUAAAAACUUUUCGGAAACAACUAAUAAGUAGCAAACUUGUCUACAUAGUCUUCUGUUGUGCAAAUUUGCACAACAGAAGACAAGCUCCAAAAGUAUACCUAGCGUAAAGCAUUUUUAAAGAAAAUGCUGUUACGGGCUGAAAUUCAAUUUGGAGCUAAAGCUAUUAUGAAGUCAUUGUCACGUGAUAUUUAUUCCCAUCGUCCAAAGAUAAUAUCAUUAUAAAGAUAAUUCCAUAUGUAAUACAUGUGUUAUAAUGCUUUUGCAAUAAAGAUAAAUAAGGUUAUCGGCCAAAAUUCAAAAAUGUGUUGAAAAAAUGUAGAGAAACGUGUGCGUUUAUCUUUCUUACCGUCACGUUUGUUUUGUCGCUUCUUCGUGUUUUAGCAUCUUUUUCAUUUCUAUUUAUACCACUCCUAAAAUAGUGUGAACAAUACAAAUAAAUUGUGAAUAUAUUAGCAUUGCGUUGGUCGUAAAACUUGUUUUACUUAGUUCAGUUCACGGCAAUAAGUGACUGAUCACGACUUUCAGUAGUGCAGGUAAAAAUUUUCCGUUUGUUCUUGACCAAUUAUGUGCAUGGAUUCAUGUGGCACACGGCUGAGUGUUGUUUUAAUUACGAUAUUUGCACGCAAAUGAAUGAAUAAUUACAAUAUUACAAAUCAAAGGAGUAUGCGUAUCGCUUAAUGUCGAUUUAUUAUCAAUAUUACAAAUCAAAGGAGUAUGCGUAUCGCUUUAUUAUCUGUAAAAUACAAAGAAACAUAGGAGCUUUCUCUCUGCAUCAACUAGAGCUGGUUUUUCCAUUCUCAUGUUUUAUGUUCAUUUUAAAUGAUUGAAAACCUUCGUUAGUCUCGCUUGCGUAAGCAGCGAGACUCAUAAUCUGCAAGCCGUUUUUCUUCGUAUUUAGGACACAAAAGGGAAGCCAUGGUCCCAGGCGUUCUUAGCAGAGACCGUGGAAACUGGGAGUAAGAAUCGUUGCGUGACCUAAACCACGCAUGUUUUGUAAAAAAAGCUUAGGAAAGAUAAAUGCGAUUUAGAGCUUUUCCGGAACGGGUCGGUCCACGAAUUCUAUCGCUUGAGAGAGUUGAUAGCUUUGGAACAAGUGUAAGCGCUUGAAUUUUUAAGUACUGUUUCAAAAACGAGCAGGAGUGUAUUAUCAGGUUUAAAAACUCGAGGCGAAGCUGAGAGUUUUUAAACCUGAGAACGUCCCAGAGAGCUUGCUCGCAAGCUGUUAAGAAACAAUGCUGCUUACGUUGUAUGUUAUGGGGCGGGCGUAUCACGAGAUAAAUUACAACCAGUUAUAUUGCUGUGAAAUUAACUUUAUAUCAAUAUCCUUUGUAUUUUAAUUUAAAUUAAAGUUAAUUAAGACAGCAGGAGGAAUCAAACGCAGAAGUGAAAUACUAAGAAGCACCUGGCCGUGGCUAACAUAGUCGUAGAAUUUAAUGUUUAAUUUACUUUAGUUUCUACCGCGUCUUUAGUUCUGGUAAAUAAUAAAGAUAUCGUCGGGUGCUGUUCGAAUUAAUUUUUUUGCUAGAGGUACUGCGAGCUCUUGUAGUUUGAUUAUUUAUUUACGUAUUUAUUAAUUUUUUCAAAAUUUAUAUACAUAUUUAAAUUAUACAUAGUUUCUAUUUGACAUCAAAGAACUGCCAAAUAUCAAAUACGGCUAAAAGUAUAACUGUCAUUUCAGCAAUCGUUUUUUUCUUGCCGCGCUCUUGCCAAUUUUAUAAAAUCGCUCUACAAGAUAAGGUACAUGUUCAAUGCGACAACUGAGGUCAGUGAUUGACGCUUUGCUGUUUGGUGUUAGUAGACCAAUUUUUCAUUACUGUGAAUGAUGGAUGUUGACUUUUCGCUCAACAGUCGCUAACUAGAUUUGGCGUAUUCGAUAAAUUAUUGUUCGGGUGUGUUUUUAAUUACGUGCAGUAACGGGAGGGAAAAAAAUAUACGCAAUCAGAAAAAUCUGAUGAGGAUUCUGUAUCCUACAAUCCCAUUCACUAGGAAGCCGGCAGGGAGAAAUGGCAAGCACAAGCUGAGUUGCUGUUGUUCAAACAGUUUGCCAUUCAGCUGGAUGACAGCUUUAUAAAAUGUAUACUUGUACAAUAUGAAAUUUUCUUUUUUUAUACAAAUCACUUUUCAUUUGCGAAAACUCUCUUUUAUUGUAAACAGAUUGUUUAUUUGAUAAGAAAUUGAACUCGUGGAAGAAUAUCCUGUUCCGUAUUGAACCUCACAACUAUGUCACUAGCGAACUAUUUCUUUCUUAUUUCGAUAUUUUUUGAUAUCGGCAGUUUGAAAUUGGCAGCAGAUUGCCCGAGAAAAUGCGAACAGAGCAAAGGAAGUAUUAGUAAAACGGGUAUCAAAAAUCGUGCUAUGCAAGGAUACAGCUUUAAAAUUAUACGCUGUCGAAACCGUAUGACUGUCAUGUAAAAUGCUUCGAAGAGAGCUGCAAAUGUCAGGCGUACCAAAUGAGACAAAAUCGAUGCGAGUUGCUGGAUGAUGACAGGAUUUCAGCCCCUGGAGACUUUCUGGAGGAAAAAGAGUAUAUGUAUUAUGAUAUGAAUAGAGAGUACGUCGACCACCAGGUAAAGAAACAGUCUUGUCAAAUUGUCCCCAGCUUUGCUAAUGGGAAAAAAAAAAAGGACGGAGAGUCGUUUUGAUGUAUUCUGUGUUGAUUCUUCUUAAUAAGAGUAGCGAUUGCAUUUCGUCUUUAUUCAUUUUUAAGUCGUCACGGAACUAUUAUAUUAUAAUAAUAAAACGAUAUUCCAGUGUUUUGUAACAGGCUUAAACGCAUCUCAGAUUUCAAAUGCUCUUUUAAUAAUUAAUUUGGUAAUUUAAAGUAUUUUUUCUUAAAUUUCAGCAUCCCCGUUUCAUGAGAGACCCCUUUAUGGCUUCUAAUUUGAAACUGAGAACUUUUGAUUAAACUACCCCUGAUGGUACAUGUUCGAAUCGUGAAAUUUUGGAUAGAUGAACAAUAUCUGUAACUCACUUCAAUUAACUCCUCCGUUUCCUUUCUUAUUUCGCGACAUGAGGCUUUCUGACAGGAAAACACAACACGGACGGAAAAAGAAAAACAUAUCUUUCCUCAUUAUUCUGCUUGCAUGUUUGACGCUUUGACUGAAUUUACAAGGAGGUAUGGGUGCCGAGCUCUUUAAAAAAUAUGCCUAAAUUGUUGAUGCUUCAUAAAGAAAGGAAUUUCACUCAUGCAAGUGAAAUUUGGCCAAUCUAAAAGCGGAGCUUCCAUUCGAAAAUACAUAUAUCUAAUAAUUUUAUUGGUAGACAUUUAAAACAGAGGGUCGGGCAAAUAAUAAUAAUAUUAUCGUUAUAUAUAUAGAUUAUUCCAACAUACAUUUUUAAGAAACAUACUUUCCCGUUGUACUAUAUUAGACAUGUGCAGAGAGGGCUGAAAAGGAGCAACCACUCAUUAACCAGUGCUGUAAUCAGAAUCCAUGCGCCAAUGGAGGCACCUGCACUGAGCUAUUUGAAGACGCUAAAAACAAGUUCAACUGCACAUGUGCUGUGGAAUAUUACGGCAGAUUUUGUCAAAAACGAAGAGCAACAUCAUGCAAAGAGCAGCUGCAGAAAAACGGAGGGAGCACAUCCGGAGUCUAUCAACUGUUUGAUCCAACGACUAUAUCCACGUACGAGGUCUUCUGUGAUGCCAUUUCUGAAAAAGGAUUCGUUUGGACGCUUAUCGAAUCUUUCAGCCGUCGCAGUAAAAACGAAUUUACGGACAAACCAUUUUACAAGGACUAUGCGAUAAAUCAGGACGCUUUUACAUGGAGCAAGUUUCGCUUAUCAUUGCCACGUAUGGUAGCCACAGCAAACCGCUCGACACACGUGCGAGCAACGUGCAACUUUAACUCCGAAGAACUUCAAUACAGAGAUUAUUUCAGGGCCAAGUUAAGCGCUAUCGAUGUUAUGCGCCUGAGUUUUACUGGAUGCAAAAAAGUCGAAUUUAUUAGCAUCCGAGGAUAUAACAGUUUAACUGUACUGGCUGCACGGCUUUCUUCUUCCAACAGGACCGUUUUCAUGCCCAUUCUGAUUCAUAUUAUGCUAAAUCGGUAG